UUUUUUUUUUAUUUUUUUUUUUAAAUGAAAACAAAAACAGAAAAAGGAAGAGUAGUACUUGCUUUCUCUUUCUCGAUCCCUCUCUCUCAAAAUCGCUGCUCUCAGUUCCUCUCUCACCCGCCGGCCGCUGCUCUCAAUCCCUCUCUCCCUGCUCUCAAUCUCUCUCCCUCACCUCGCCGUAAAGCCGUUCAAUCUUCCGCCGCAGCCGCACCGCACUCACUCUUUCUCUUCGUCUCGUUUGAGGUAAGCAAACUAACAUACUGCAAUUAAUUUUUAACAACCUAACCUUCUCAAUCUAGAAUCUUUGUUUGAUGAUUUGGUGUUGUUUUGAAUUUUAAAUUUAUUAAGCUGUUUUGAUUGUUAAGUGAUUAUAUAAAUAAGCUGUUUUGGUUAUAUAAAUAAGUAGUUUUGGUUGGUUCUUCAAUAGUGUUUUUGUUCUAAAAUAGUGAGAAUGAAGGGUUUUUGUUCUAAAUUCAUCUUGAUCUGCAAUAGUGUCUUUGUACUGUGCUUUAUGUUUGUGGUCAUACUGGGAAUUUAAGUUAUGGCAGAACAAUUCAUGAGUUUGUGAAGGAUAAUGGUUUUGCUAUUGACUCGCAUUUACAGAGUGCUCUCAUUAACAUGUAUGCAAAUUGUGGUGCAAUGGAGUUUGCUAGGGAAAUAUAUGAAGGACUUCCGUUGAAAAAUAUGAUUGUUUUGUCUGCUAUUUACCUUCAACUUAGAUGUUGUUUUAUUUUAGUAAACUUUGUUAAUGUUUUAUUAAUGUGUGUUUUGUUAAUAGUUAUGCCUAAACAUGUUUCAUUGUCUACCGAUAAAAUGUCUCGAAUCCCAUCGGUAGUGCCACAAAAGAGAAGAAAGAGUAGUAUAGAAAAUGCCUUCAAUGUUGAGGAUAUGAAUCAUCUUAUAGAAAAUAUAGCAAUGGUAUUUUAUGCUGGUGUCUUAUCUUUCCAUCUUGCUAGAAAUCCUUACUAUGUUAGUUCUUAUUCUUUUGCUGCUAAUCACAACCUUAGUGGCUUCCUCCCUUUAAGUUAUAAUGCUCUAAGAACCACUCUUUUGAAGCAAGAAAGAGCUCAUAUUGAUAGGUUGCUUCAACCUAUAAAAUCUUUGUGGACAUUGAAGGGAGUUACGUUGGUUUCUAAUGGCUGGACAGAUGUGCAAAGGAGGCCUUUGAUAAAUUUUAUUGGCAUUUGUGAAGGAGGACAUAUAUUCUUAAAAGUCGUUGAUGGCUCUGAUGAAUAUAAAGACAAGUUUUACAUGACCAACAUAUUUAAUUCUAGAUGGGCAGACAUUGAGUACGCCCCUGAUAAAAUUUCCUCAAAAAAUUUGCCCAGGCUCUCUAACAUUCCUGGAGUCGCCAUUGGGAACGGGUACAAAGAUUGUUACCUACGCGAGUAUGAGAAUGGGAAAUCUGAAGAAAAAAAUUUUGGAACACAAUAUUUCGGUUUAUAUUAACCGAAAUUUUUUAGCAUGACAAAAAAAUUCGGUUCGUAUAAACCACAGUAUCGCAAGCACAAAAUCGAAUAAGGAGGUAGGAAGAGAAAAGAUCAUAAAUAAAAGAGGGAAAACAAAAUUUUCAGGUUAGAAUUGUUGUUCAUUCUUUCUCUUCUCUCUGAAAUUGAGAAAACGAUGAAGAUAGCAGUAGAAGGAUGCAUGCAUGGCGAUCUAGAAACUGUCUACAAAACCCUUCAACAUCUCGAAAAAACUCAGAACACCAAAAUCGAUCUUCUUCUCUGUUGCGGCGAUUUUCAAGCCGUCAGGAACCAGAAUGAUUUGAAUAGCCUAGCCGUACCAUCGAAAUAUCUCGAGAUGAAAACUUUCUGGAAAUACUAUUCUGGUUUGUUGGUUGCUCCUUAUCCUACAAUCUUCAUCGGUGGUAACCAUGAAGCUUCUAAUUAUCUCUGGGAACUGUACUAUGGAGGAUGGGCUGCACCUAAUAUAUACUAUUUGGGAGCUGCAGGUGUGGUUAAGUUUGGGAAUAUACGAAUUGGUGGACUCUCUGGAAUUUAUAAGCAUCACGAUUAUAGAUCAGGACACUUUGAGAGGCCUCCAUAUAAUCAAAGUACCAUUAGGUCUGUGUUUCAUGUUCGCGAAUAUGACGUUCGCAAAAUCAUUCAAGUUGAGGAACCCAUUGAUAUUUUUCUCUCACAUGAUUGGCCGGUUAGAAUCACUGAUCAUGGGAAUUGGGAGGAGCUUUUGUGGAAGAAGCCUGACUUCCAGCAAGAGAUAGAGGAAAAAAGACUAGGGAGUAAAGCUGCUGCUCAAAUUCUAGAAAAAUUGAAACCAAAAUACUGGUUUUCGGCACACUUACAUUGCAAGUUUGCUGCUCUUGUUCAACAUGGGGAAGGAGGUCCUUUGACAAAAUUUCUAGCACUUGAUAAAUGUCUUCCUGGGCGUGAUUUCUUACAGAUUGUAGAAAUUGAAUCAGAGCCAGGACCUUAUGAGAUUCAGUACGAUGAAGAAUGGUUAGCUAUAACACGAAAGCUCAACUAUGUAUUUCCUUUGACGGAAAACGGUGCAGAUUAUGGAGGCGUAGAUUUUGACAUGGAAGAUUGUCGCCAAUGGGUUAGAAGCAAGCUACAAGAGAGGGGUUGUAAACCUUUUGAAUUUGUUAGAACAGUUCCAUGUUAUGAUCCUUCUCAAGCCAGUGUCGAUGGUGCUUCUGCUGCGAAUCCUCGGAAUCCCCAGACAGAAUCUCUUCUGCGACUUCUGGAACUUCCAUAUCUUCUUGAUAGAAAUCCUAAGGCAAAGGACAUGAAACCUUAUCCUUCUUCAAUUCCAAGAGGCCCUGCUGCUGGUCAUUAUAGCGAGGACAUUCCCAUUGAUGAUGAGGAUGAUGACGAUGAUGAGUGACUCCCAACAGUUGAUGGGGUGGAAACUGAGACUUAAUGUUGAUAUGUUGUGAUUAACAUGCUGAAUUGCUAAUGAUCUUCUAAUAGUAUUUGAUGUUAGAUAGAUGCUUACACAAUAUUGACCGAGGAUAUAUGCACACACUGGAAUGUGGAUUUUCCACCCUACAAUUUUUUAGUUCAGUAACAUGUAUAAAUUUUUAAGUAUUAACCAACCAUUUGAAAAGGAAAAAAAAAAAACUCUUAGAUGAAA